AACCAGAGUGAAUUUACGAACGGCACUCUUCGUUCGGACUCGAACUUGAAUGCAGUCUCGUGUUGUGAAAUCACGUUUCCACCUCCCGCGAGGUUCUGCGGCACCAGUUUCCUGUAGUUAUUUUGUUAAUGGCGGACAGUCAACGUAACGGACGGGGAAAUAUCAACACUGUAACCCGGGAAAAGACAACCUGAAAGGCGGGUGGCUAAUUAUUAAUAGAAGCCUUAAACCAAACUCUCCAAUACUGAGGCUUUGAUAACAGGCGACAGACCUCUGGAAAUAAGUUAUCUGGUUGAUGCUAACAAGCUAGCUGGCUAAAAACUGACAGUAGCCUAGCUACGGUAGCAGCGGCCUGGGGUUUUGGAAAAGUUGGAAUUUCUGACCAUCAACAAAUUAGCUAGCAUCACUAGCCAUGGACAUCUAGAUCGGAGCGUCACCCGUACCGGUGUGAUGUGGAGCUCCAAGCGGAGUGAGCCACACCUGAGUCCCCCGGCGCAGCCUACUAGGCAGGACAACGGGAGAGAGCUGUCAGCUGCAUGGACAAGUCUGAAUCAGACCAAAGCUGCUUUGCGGCACAUUGAGAACCGCCUGGAGGCAGCUCCUGGCUCUGGGGUUCUGCUGGAAUCCAUCAUGGAUACAAAGAAAAGCUCUGGGGGCGCCACCAGGAAAGUCAGCCGCAGAGAUGGGCGGCGCACAGAGGACUGCUCUCAGGCAGGUGGAACCUCCAAGUCCAGCACAAGGAGUCGUCGCAGCCCAGACAAGAGCUCCCGCAGCCCAGACAAGAGCUCCCGCAGCCCCCUGAGGAACACCACACAGGACAGCAAUGUCCGUAGGAACAACUGUGUGGAGUUCAAGGAGCCUCUGGCUUCCUAUAGGGAAGCGACUCCACCACCCCUGACCUCCUCCCAGCUGGAGGCCCACAGUCUGCGGUCGGAGGUGGCUAACCCCCCUCCCCCGGACUCCCGUCUCAGCCAGCUGGUCUACCAGAGCGACACCCGAGACCAGCAAACCCGCCGAGACCUGGACAGCACACACUCGUCUGCUCUGGACAGCACCGUGGUGCGCUACCUCAACGACCGGCCCGCGCUGGAUGCCCUGCGUCCCCCAAGCCACGCUACUGCAACCAGAGACCUUCACAGGGAGGAGGGCCUGGAGGACAGGUCCAAAGCACACACCCUGGAGUGCCCGGCACCACCCUCAGCAGAGAACUCUUCGUCCUCCAGUCCUGGCUCAGCCUCCCAGCGGCUGGAAAACUUAAGGCGAAGGCAGCCGGACGACAAGCUGGAGAAGCUGAAGGAGCGGAUCCGCAGGCAGAGAGAGCACCUGGAGGAGGCUGCAGAGAGAGACGGGUUGCUGGGGUACCUGGAUCAGCCAGUGGGCAUCGCUGGAGCUGUGGAGAAAACCACCGUACCCACGGCUAAAGUGCGCAAAGUGGCAGCCGCACCUCCAGCACCUAUAUACAAAGGUUUCAGCAGUAGUGAGACAAAGAUCCGCACUCCUGAUGGGAAAGUGUGGCGAGAGGAGGAGUUCCACAACCUGAGCAGAGAGAUAUACAGAGACCUGUCUCGCCAGCUCUCAGACAGUACCAAGCCCCAGCAGCGGCCCACAGAGAAGGCUAAGGAGAGGAAGCCGUCCAAGCCUGUGAGGAAAGUCCAUAAAUCAGCUUCUGUUCCUGACCCAAAGACCAAGCCAGUGAUUAGCACCACGUCAUGGCGGGAGGGCCAGAAGAUGGUGAAGAUGGUACUGGGUCCCGCUCCACGUCUGCCUCAAGAGCAAAGGCCAGAGCCCACAGACAGACUGGCCAGGACAGGACCCCUUCCCCGGUCAAAUUCAGACCACCGUCCGGAGCUGAUGCGUCGGUCCAGACCCAGCAGCCGAGACAGGACCACCCAUCCCAACCUUCAGUCUGCAGGCCCAGCCAAGGACAGGGCCCCCAACACAGACAACCUCUCUACAGAUAUCCGGGGCAUCCUGGAUGACCUGCAGCUGAAGAGCAGAGCAGAGGAGCGAGGUCCAGCGGAUCCCAGGAGAGGUUCAGAGUCCAGGGCCAGAACCACAGCAUGGACUACUGGUGGCACCUCCUUAUGGGGCUCCCGCAGUGCCAGCCCCGCCAAGCGCAACAAGCCAGAGCCCUCAGAACCAGCGCCCAGGAAGAGGCACUACGAUGCCGACUCAGUGCGCCAGUACAUCGCCCGGCAACAGGAGGAGCGCAAGAAACGUCAGGUGGAGGAGCGGAGGGCCCAGAGGGAGGAGGCGGAGAGGAAGAGCCAACGUCUGCAGGAGCUGUACAGGAAGCAGAGAGAGGGGGUAGCCAAUAAGGGCCCUGCAGUACCGGAAAGCCCAGUACAGAAACGCCUGCAGGAGACAUACACCAAACUACUACUGGGACAGGCUCAGCUAGGAGAGGAACCUCUGCCUUCCCAGACACAGCCAGCAUCUGCCACAGUCAUUUACCAGCAGAAGUCCCUGUACCAGCCAUCCGGAGAGUCGGACAAGGAGAACAAGAGACAGGAGAGACCCCAGAGUGCCUCCUCCAGCAGUGACCUGUCUCUUUCUGAGCCUCCGCCCCCUCCACUCUCAAGGAAUGAGUUGGGCUUGGGAGUUCCAUCGUGGCUGCAGCCGGACCGCCUGAGUUCUGCAGUCAGACCCUCCACCACUCUGGCUCCACCCACCGACCAGCUCUUCUCCCCACUCUUAGGCCCGGAAAAAGCAGGGAGCUCUGGUGGGAGGGGAACCAACCCCCCAGCCCGGCCCCAGCACUCCACUCUCAAUGGAGCUGGCAACAAGACCAAGAUGAACCGCAUUGAGGCCCUGAAAGCCACCGCUGCGUCCCUGUCCACUCGCAUAGAGAGUGAAGCGAGGAAACUGGCUGGCGCAGGGAUCAACUAUAGCUGUGCAUGGGACAUGGACGUGACUGGUCUGACCCCUCCGGAUGACGGCCACUGGGCCAAGCCUGUGAGCCCACCGGUCAGAGAGAGAGCUGAUGCUGCUGACGAGCUGUCCAUGAGGAUACAGAGGCUGCUGAGUGCUGGCCAGAGCACAUACAAUGGAGCUCUCCCAGGGGUGGGCAACCUGCACAGCUUCAGAGAGCAGAGAGACAGGACCUCUGCUCCAGGCAGCAGGCCCCAGACAGCCCCAGGCCUCGGCUCCCAUAAGGAGCCAGAGUUGGAGAAGGGAGGGAAGACCAUCACCCAUGACUCCAGUGGUGAGUCCAUCAGUGAGGGCCCACUGCUGAGCGAAUGCAGCCUGUCGGAGGGCGACGGGAGCCCCCUCACCAACAUAAAGGGGGUCCCAAAACCAGCAGAGCAUCUCGGGGCUCUGGACUUCUGUGCAGGCCAGCGGGAGGGCUUCCAGCCCAUCUCUCACUUCCAGAGAGAGGCAGAGAAGUACCCGGGCCUCAGCCCCCUCUCUCAGCAACGGGACAGCAGCCGUGGCCCAUGGGAGGAACUGGCCAAGGGAAGCCCUCAUAGUGUCAUCAACAUCUUCACCAAGAACCACCUGCUCAACCACACCAAAGUUGGAGGAGAGGAGCGAGCAGACCGGAGUUCCCCUCCUGUGCAUUGUGGCCUGUCUGCAGCCAGUUUGGUGGAUGGGGCACCAAUGUAUGAGGAUGACUUUGUGUCAUCCUUUAGCAGCGGCGGCAGCAGCCAAUAUAAGAAAAGAUACAACGGACGCAGUGUCACGAGUGGGAACAGUCACUAUGAUGAGUUGAUGAGUCGCAGGUCCCCUUAUGACACCAGGACUGUAGACCUGCCAUCCCAUCACUCCUCAGGCUCCACACCAGUAUCUUCACCUCACUCAAAGGGCUCUGUGAAAAGGGGCUCUGCUUCAGACAAGAGUGAUGCCACUCUGGUGGAGGAGCAGAGGAGCCCCUGCUACCCGGGCUUGGAGGCCCUGACUAGAGACUCCAGAUGGGGAGGCUCAGUUUCCGAGAGAAGCUCUGUCCACAACCUGGUGAAGAGCGCCUACUCUGACUGUACACUAGGUGGCGCCUCGGGCGACACACUCCGCAGUUUGGGCUUGGACAAUAAGAAAUCCCCCAGAAGCCCUGGCCUGUCUCCAGCUGGCUCUCCUAUAGGCUCAGGUUCUCCUCGUGUCUCUCCAAGCAACGCCUCCCUAGCUGGGGCAGACAGCCUGGGCCUGGGGUCCGGCUCCCCUCACUCCUCAGCCCGCCCCAGCUCAUCCUCAUCCCUGUCGUCUGCAGCCAGAGCAGAGCCCAAGGCUGCAGGUGAGCUCCACUACACCCCAGGGGUGUUGCAGCAGCGUAUGUCUGCAGAACUCAAUUACCUGGAAUCGAUAGAGGAGUCAGUGCGUCAGCUGGGCGAUGUGGAGAGGCUGAGGGGCGUGUCUCUGGCUCAGCAUGAAAGCGUCUCGCUCGCCCAAAUACUCAAGGCGCAGCAGCAGCGGCACGAGCGUGACCUUUAUGAGCUGAAGGUGAAGGCAGAGCAGGAGGCACUGGAGACCCAACGUCAGCUGGAGGAGACACGGCAGAGAGCAGCCAGGGCUCACAUGGAGCUGCAGGAGAACAUGGCUCAGACCCAACAGCAGUCUCUGGGAGGCAUGCAGGAGGCCACCACUAAGAUGAUCAGCCAACAGGCUGAGUCUGUACGCUAUACGGCCGAAGCUGCCCGCCAGAUCAAAGAGAUGACCGAUCUGGCCCGUUCUCAGAUUGCUGGAGCCAUAGGUGUCCCUGCUGCUGCUCCCAUCACCACCUUGUUUGACCAGCAGAGGCAGCAUCACCAGAGCUUCAUGAAGCAGCUCCAGUCCCGCACUGACACAGACAGCUCCAGGAGUGAGGUGUCUGCUGCCUGGACCAGGACUGAGGAGCCUCCCUCUUCCCUGGACAGCCGCUCUGACUCCAUCCCCUCCAGGAGACCCACCCUCAGUGGUGGAGAGAGUAGCAGCCACAUGAGUCCCUCCCUGGCCUCAUCUGAGAAGAGGGAGAGGAGGAAGGCUGAGACGGGUAACAGCUCAGUGGAGGAGGAGGCCCAUACAGCAGCUGAUGACUCCAUCCCCAGUGACAGCGUGCAGUCCCUACUGGAUGAGAAAGACAGCACCUCAGUUGCUACAGAGUACUCUCUGAAGUUUGAUGAGUCCAUGACGGAAGAUGAGAUUGAGGAACGUUCGUUCCGCUCUCUGCUUCCCUCUGAGUCUCACCGGCGGGGAGCGGUGGAGAAGAGAGGUCCCCGCGAGGAGUCAGACAACCAACCCAGUCAGGAGAAGACCACAGAACAGGACAGCUCCAAGCAGCAGCAGCAGGAUGGCAGCAUGCCCUUCUCUAGUGGGCAGGACAGCUUCUCCAGGUUCACCAUGGACAUGGUGCGUCAGUACAUGAAGGAGGAGGAGGUGCGCGCCCACCACCAGAGCUCCCUGCUGCGCCUGCGACAGAAGGCCCUUAAGGAGAAAACCAAGGCCGAGCUCGCCUGGCUGGAGCAUCAGAAAAGGCGCUUCAGAGACAAGGGUGAAGAUGACAAGAUGCCGCCCAUCAGAAAGAAGCAAAGAGGCCUACUGAUGAAACUUCAACAGGAGCAGGCGGAAAUCAAGUGUCUGCAGGAGGCCAACAGGGCAGCCAGGAAGGAGAGGCAGCUGCUGCUCAAACAGCAGGAGGAGAUAGAGAGGAUGAGAUACACCACCCUCAAGCUGAAGGAGCGCCUGAAGUGUGCCAGCACCGGUGACACCCCACCGGAGACUCCAGUGUCAGAGCCCAUAGAUGUGACAGCUUCCCCCAGUGCUGCGAUAACAGACGGGGACGUGCGCAGUGCCUCUCCCCUCUCAGUGUCUGGCAGUGAGACCAGCAGCAUCAUGCAGAAGCUCAAGAAGAUGCGCUCUCACAUGGAGGAGAAACACUGCUCUCCUGUGCACUACUUCUUCUGUGUGUUUACGGCCCACCACUGGGCCUCUCUCAGUCUCUGUUUCCCCAAUCUCCAUCCCAACCUCCAGCUGUUUAUCUACAACCAGUUGGUCAGGUUCCUGACCAAGCGGGAGCAGGGUUUGAUGCAGCGGCGGAGGCAUGCGGAGGAGCUGCUGGAGUGGAAGCAGAGGCUGGAUGCUGAGGAGGCAGAGGUGAGGCACAUGGAGAAGCAGGCCGUGGCUGCCUGGGACAGAGAGUGUCCUAGAGACCAAGGCCAGAGGUCAGAACAGAGAGAGAGCCCCAACGCCAGCCCCAACGCCAGCCCCAACGCCAGCCCCAACGCCAGCCCCAACGCCAGCCCCAACGCCAGCCCCAGCCAGCACAGCCCUGAGGGCAGAACUGACAGAGACUCUGUGAGUGAGGGUGACUACUCCCCAGUGGUGACUGGCUCCAGCGUGCACACAGAGCUAUCUGGGUCCCAGCAGCCAGACAUCCCCUCCACUGAUCAGCCUUGCUCUGUCUCUGAGCUGCCCUCUGCCCAGCACAGCCCCUCUAUCUACACCCAGGACUUUGACUCCCCCUCUGCGAGCAGGAGGUCUCCUUCACCAAAAGCCAGUCUCGACACUAACACACACCCAGAGGGCAGCAGCAGCAAGAUGCAGCUCUGCUCCUUCUCCAGGACCGCCAGCCACGACCCCAAGGCCACUGACACCCCUUCAGGCAUACACACAGAGCCCAUGUCAGAUCAGAGAGACAUCGAGAGCCGUAUCCGUGCCCUGAAAGAGGAGCUGCGCAAACGCAAGUCUGUGGUGUACCAUCUGAAGAAAGAGCAGAAGAAGAGGCACAAAGAGCGUCUGAAAGCCCAGGAGGCCAGCCUACUGAAGCAGCUAGAGUCCUAUAAUGACUUCAUUGAGAAGACCAAGACUGAGUUGAAUAAGGAACCAGACUCGACACCCUCUGCCAAGCCUCAAAUCAAGGCCCCCAUCUCAGCCACAGAGAAGCCCAAGAUUAAACCACCACCUCCUUACAGGUCUGAAACCAGCAAAAACUGGAAGGUUGUCUCUGACUCUGAGAAAGCUGAGAAGACCCUUCCACAUUCUCCAGUUGGAAAAGAUGACCUCACACAAUCUGGGCUCAGUAAAUAUACCUCAGGGCAUGAGGAGUCCUUAGACGAGGACCCCCCUACAGUCACCCCAACUCCAGUGUAUGGGAGUCCAGAGCACACCAACGGUCUAAGGGGCCUACUGUCCCCCGAGCAUCUCCCCAGGCAGCCUUCUGAGGGGGCACUCCCUCUGAGGGAGCCAGCCAGACCACAGGCCACCGACUCGGGGGAUGAGAGCGUUGACUCCAGCCUCCGGUCAGAGGUCAUGGAGGAGCUGGACUCUGUGAAGUCUGAAGGCUCUGAGCAUUCUCAUUCCCGUUCUGAAGACCGACACUUUGACCAUCUACUCAAACUUGACCUAGAGCAGAGACCAGCUUCCCAGCAGCACCAGUCUCAGUCUGAACAUGUUUCUUUAAAGAAAGGAGAACAAGGGCUUUCCCCGAUAAGCAGUCUUGAUGUUGAUGAGAAAUCACCAUCCCCCAUUAAAGAGCGACCAUACAGCCCUGAGUCUGAUGCUAUUUCAUCAAAUAGGGACUUUUCAGCCAAGGGUAAGGAGGCUUCUCCUUCAGCUGAUGAUUAUCAUGAAGACUUUGAAUCCUCAGUGGAGUCGUCACUCAGGGAGGACAACCAAGGCUCCAAACCUACCUCACCGUCCCGCCAAGAGACCAGGGAGGCUUCCCACAAUAGGUCACCCUUCUACAGUAGUGAGGAGGAUAUCGGUGAAGAGCUGAGUGAAAGAUCUGGAGCUAGUUGUGGCAGUCCUUGCUCUGAAAGACUUCUGGGCCUGAAGAGCAAGACCAAGGAUUCCCAGGAGAAGGUCAUUAGUUCAAACCGCUCCCCAACUAUCUCCCCUUCCCAGACACCACCUUCACAAUCAGUGGAUGAAAUGCCUAACUUCACCAUUGGGGACAGGGUUUUAGUGAGCAACGUCCAGCCUGGUACGCUUAGAUUCAAGGGCCACACCAGCUUUGCCAACGGCUUCUGGGCUGGAGUAGAGCUGGACAAGUUUGAGGGAAGCAACAAUGGCACCUACAAUGAGGUGGUUUACUUUGAGUGUGAAGAGGGCCAUGGCAUUUUCGCUCCUCCAGACAAGAUCUCCCAUCUGCCAGAUAAGUUUGAGAUCUAUGUGGAAACCACAGAGGAUGAGGACUCUUUCCUUGACGACCAGUCUGAAGACGAGCCAAAGAAACACCACAUUGAGAAGACACGCGGGGGGAAUCUGAGAAAUAGAAAAGAGGAAACAUCUCAGAAGAGUUAUGAUUCUGAAGACAAAGGACCUACUGAUGUGAAUGAUGGUCCAGCUGAACACAAGAUAAACCUGACCAACUCGCAUGAGUUCAAAGAGGGAGAGUAUCCAAUGUCCAAUGGAAGAACCAAGACAAUCAUUCUGGACCUUGAAGAUGUGCCUACCAGUCUCUUCAGCACUAACAUAGACAGUAAGAUAGCCUUGGGGAAGAAAACUCUUAAUGAGACCACUACCCUAAUUGAGAGGAAAGGCCUAGAUGCCCAUCAGAAGUCUACUCCAGAGCAAACCGUGGAGAAAGACGCCCUCAGUGCUUUUGCAGAUAAGCUCCUCAACAACUUCAUGAAAGAUGCUGUGAAGCAAUUCGCACAGAUCAGAAAGGCCAAAGAAGAGAAGAUAUCAGCUUCUAAUCAAAUGCAAGAUUACCUUUUUAAUGAUGUGGGUGGGGAGACUGUCUCCCAACCACAGUCUGUAGCACAAAGAGAUGGUCUGCCCUUCUUCCUAGAUGCAGAGCAAGAAGAGCAAGUCUCCUCUCCAGAACUCCGUAACCGGCCUGAGAGUCCAGUGUUGGGGGCCAGUGGUCAGGAGGAGUUGGCCAAACGUCUGGCUGAGCUGAAGCUGAGCCGCGAGCUACUGGAUGAACUGGGAGACGAGCAGGACUGGUUCGAUGAGGACUAUGGCCUCAGCUCUCAUAGAGAGCAGCAGAGACAGAAACGGAGGCAGCAGCAGGAAGAAGAGGGGCUGUCUGCUGGCUCAGGAUGCCAGGUGAAGACCCCACCCAGACCAGAGCUGCCCCUGCAGCCCAAGCUCCCUGAGCAGCCUGCUAUGGUGGUUCCCCACUCCGCCCCUGAAGUGGAGAAACUGGUCCAUGCUGCCACCCAGGAGAUCUGGGACAGAUUUAAACUGGGCCAGGGCACACAGACCCUCGCUGGUCUCCCCGUCCUCAAGCCUUCAGAGGAGUUCCUGGGCUGCGAUACCAUAGGUCAGGAUAAAGGUCAAUGUGUUCGCAGCUACAGACAGGCUGUAUAUGACUUAACAUGGGAGAUCAUCCAGGAGAUCUUUGCAGAGGAUCCUAACGCCCAUCAGCCUCAGUGGGUGAAGCCUCGACGCAUGAACUCCUCCUACUUCCAUAGAGUAAAGAGCCCUGGCGACAUAACCAGGGUUCAGGUGUUCAUCACCACUGAGGUGUUGAAGCUGUAUGGCCUGAAGAAAGACUACAACCAGAAAACAGAUUGGCAGAAGAUGUUGAAAUUCGGGAGGAAAAAACGGGAUCGAGUAGAUCAUAUUCUGGUCCAGGAGCUUCACGAGGAAGAGUCUCAGUGGGUGAACUAUGAUGAAGAUGAGCUCUACGUCAAGAUGCAGUUGGCUGACGGGAUCUUUGAUGCAUUAAUAAAGGACACAGCAGAAGUUCUCUCUCAAAUUCAGGAGAAGAGAUCAAAAAGGGCCCUUUCCUGAGCUUUUAAACCUCUGUUUUAAACCCACCUUCCAACAGACAUUUCCUCCCACAGCCAAUGUGCCAAUGAUCUCCGGAUGCCUUCAUUUCAGUCAAACUGGUACCUCUCUGCUACACAGAUUUGGAUCAGCUAAUUGUGGAUCUACCACGUCUUACACCAAACAUCUUUGAUCCAGCCUUUAACCAAUAUGUAAAGCCUCCCACGCUGGCCCACCUGUUCAUGGCCAGUCAAAGAUGGAGUAGGCCUUGUUUUGCAUUAAAUUAAUCAAUGCUGCUAAAUGUAAUGUUCCAUGACAAACUCAUGGUUUUUGUGAUGAGCACAGGGGUAAUUUGACAAGACACUAAAGACAGCGGCAUUGAGAAGCAGUCUGGGUCAUCUACAAACGGGACGAUAAGGAUUAGAGUAUGGAAGAGUCAUUGGGGUUAUCAGAUUUUUUUUUAAAUUAUAGUAUACAAAUAAAUAUUUUGCCUCCUGUAUUGUGAUAUUUAUUGUGAACUAUUUGAUUAGGAUUUUUUUUUUUUUUUUGAAUUUGUAAGUAAUCUUGCUGUUAACAUGUUUAGAAACAAAGUUUAUUUUAGCAUUUUGUAAAACAGACUGAUGAAAUAACAAAGCACAAAAAUAAAUGGGAAUGUCAAAAUGGCAAUUCAUUGUAUAGGGAUUUAAAGGGAAUUUUGUUGAAAAUACCUGCAAAGAUACCUAUUUGUAUUUAAUAUUUAAAUAUCUUAAUAUUAGUAAUUGAUGGAUUUGAACACUGUCCCUUUUCUUCCAUCGUUUUACCUGUUAAUUAGCCUCUUGGCCACAAACAGAUACCAAGAGGUUGUACACGGUUAGUUUAGAAACCUUUCAUUCUGUCAUGCUGGAUUCAACCCUUAAGAUGAGCUUUUUACCUGUUUCAGUUAAAGUGCCUCUUUUUUUUGUUCUGUAUGAUUAUGAAUUGCCUCACUCAAGAAGAGCAACACAAUUUACAGGCCUUAAACGCUGUUUCUACUCUUACGGACCUCCUUUCUUUUAAUGUUAUUUACAUAUAUACCAUGUUUUUCAUAAAUACCUAAAGGAUAACUGUUCCCCAACUGGGUAAACCUUCCGUCUCUGCCUUAUUCUGUGUCUCCCGAAGCAUAGUUCUAUCAGAGAACACCUUGAAAUCCCUCAUUUGCCUUUUUGGCAUUUGAGUCACUAAUUCAGAAACAUUAGAAAUGCAAUACAGACAAGCAAGUAUUGCAUUUCUAAUGUUUCUGAAGCAGUGACUCAAAUGCCAUUUAUGGUAGGUAGAUAAACUAGCUUCUGUGUCGUUAUGCCUCUGUGGGUGUCACUGAUGAUGCACAUUUGAUAUACUGUAAUGGAAUCAAGUGUUCUCGCCAUUCGUCCACGAACACAAUGGCUUUUGCAUCAUGGUAACAAGUGAGUCAUGGAUUAAUCUGUGUGGGUCGUAGCAUUCAACAUCGAUGUUCAAGGGCUUACUCUUCUUUAGCUAUUUCAGUCCAAAAAUACUGUGCUGUAGCUACAGAUGAAUUUAACAUGCAUGACUAUGCUUGUCAACUGUAAUGUCUGUUAGCAAAGUGACUUUAAUGGUGGUAUUGAAAGUUUUCAUACCAAUUAGCAUUUACCACCACUGUUCUUGUACUGGACGAAGGGGUAGAUAUUUAAACUGUCUAUUGCUAGGGCUCUGACUGUACAUUUUCCUUUGAUACCUGUUUCUCCAUGAUAUGCCUAGUUUCCGGUCCCUAGAUGUGUUUAAUGAGAGAACUAUGAUGUGAUUAGUACCAAGGAAAUGCAUUUCCACAAGGCUGUGUAUUGCAACACUUCCUCGGGGAUUGACAUUUAGGGAUGCCCUAUUUUGGGGCGGCAGGUAGCCAAGUGGUUAGAGCGUUGGGCCAGAAACCGAAAGGUUGGUGGAUCGAAUCCCCGAGCUGACAAGGUAAAAAUCUGUCGUUCUGCCCCUGAACAAGGCAGUUAACCCACUGUUCCUAGGCUGUCAUUGUAAAUAAGAAUUUGUUCUUACUUGCCUAGUUAAAUAAAAAAAUACCAAACUGCAAAGAAUUUAAUAAGCCUAAAAUUGAUAUUUCUGGGUCCUCCCAGUUAAGUGAAAGAACAUUUGUGUGGCAAGUUGAGCCUGGUGAGAUAUUAUUUGUACUGACAACCAUUAUACUAAGAAUAUCAGUACUGAUGUUUCUGAUUCCUCCCAUAUGUGUAGGUGAAAGGCAGGCAAUAUGACACUUCUGAGUGUAAAUACGACUAAUAAAACUAAAUGGCUCAUUUACAUUUAUUGGGAAGUGAUCAUAAUCUUCGGGUAACUGAAAAAUACUCCUGACAUGUCUAGAAUGCUUAAAAAAUGCUUAAAAAAAAUCUCAAUUGAUUGUAGUUUGGGGAUGGAAUGUCCCAUUUAUAUCUAUGCAGUAUUUGUUGGAUACAUUGUUUUACAAGCCAGCUUUGUAGUCUCAUUGAAUAACAAUGUAGUUGAAGUUCUCUGGGCCUCCCAUAGGACAGUCAAAAUGCCUCAAAUAGAGAUGCUGACUAAUGGAGAGUAAAUUAUAAAAAUAAAAAGUGUCACAUGAAUUAUGCUCCCAAACAUUUAAUGGGAAUAACAACCACCGUUUCAGCAUGCAGUGCCUUCAGGGUUCCCUUGCUAUGAGGACAGGGAUUUCUAUUCCAAAAUGGUUAGAUAAUCAAAUGACUUGUAGACUAGUGAAAUCUUUUUGCAUCUUUAAAGUGUAUGAAUAUUUAUAAUAAUGUACUACUGUGAGAGAUGCAGGUGCACUUGAAGACUUGUACAUUGUUUUAUGGGGUGUUCUUGUAUAUUCACAAUCUCCUGUUGGAUCUUAAUCACUAUUGAACCUAUACGGUUAUUGUAAAAUAAACACUGUUCACUUUGCGGAUAUGUAUAUAGUAUACAUAUAUAUUUGUUAACUAAAUUGAACUUUGAAAUUGUAAAUAAAGCUUUCAUUAUUUCCACAUA